UGAUUUAUAAAUCUAGACGCUGAUGUUUUGUUUCAUUGUAUUAUGUGGCUAUUUCGUCGGGCUUUUUUACGGACAGCUGUGUGUGUUGUUUGAUAAACAUGGCGGAGCUGAAGGACUGCACAGAAAUGAAGGAUCUCUUGAAGAUCAUUGGCUCUUAGAGAUACAAAGUGGUGAAAGUUUCAAGCAUCAGUAUUGCUUUGUCAGAUUUGAUGAUUCAGCAGGAAAAGCCGUUGACGGGCAGCAUGCCGGUGGUGUGGCCCGCGCUGCUCGAUCUCAGCAGGGACGAAUGCAAACGAAUCCUGCGCAAACUGGAGCUGGAAGCGUACGCUGGUGUGAUCAGUGCGCUGAGAGCUCAGGGAGAUCUGACUAAAGACAAGAAAGAGCUCCUCGGAGAACUCACCAGAGUCCUCAGUAUCUCAACAGAACGUCACCGAGCGGAGGUCCGCAGAGCUGUUAAUGAUGAACGGUUAACCACCAUCGCAUACCACAUGUCCGGGCCUAAUAGCUCGUCUGAAUGGUCUAUCGAGGGGCGUCGGUUGGUUCCUCUGAUGCCCAGGCUGGUUCCUCAGACAGCCUUCACUGUGACGGCUAAUGCGGUGGCCAAUGCUAGCGCGCACCAGAACGCCUCGCUGCUCCCACCCUCUGAAACCGGCAACAAAGAAGUGGUGGUUUGUUAUUCAUACACCAGUACCACCUCCACUCCCAGCAGCACCAGUGCACCAGCAGCUGUUAAAUCCCCUCGACCGGCCAGCCCCGCCUCCAACGUCGUAGUGCUACCCAGCGGAAGUACCGUCUACGUGAAAAGUGUGAGCUGCUCUGAUGAAGAUGAGAAACCUCGUAAGAGGCGGAGAACAAACUCGUCCAGCUCCUCCCCCGUGCUGUUGAAGGAGGUGCCUAAAGCGGCCGCGCCCAUUUCCAAAACCAUCACCGUUCCAGUGAGCGGCAGCCCGAAGAUGAGCAGCCUGAUGCAGAGCAUCGCCAACUCUCUCCCGCCGCACAUGUCACCUGUGAAGAUCACCUUCACCAAACCCUCCACCCAGACGACCAACACCACCACACAGAAGGUUAUUAUCGUGACGACGUCUCCAAGCUCCAACUUUGUGCCAAACAUCCUAUCAAAGUCACACAACUACGCAGCCAUGUCUAAACUGGUGUCGAGUGCCGCGCUCUCUGCAGCCGCUCAGAAACAGACCAUGGUGAUUUCGGCGAGCUCCAGCGCAGUGCCGGGACCCAGUCCUGUUGCCGUGACAACAAUGGUCUCGUCCUCCCCUUCGGUGGUGAUGUCUACGAUCGCGCAGGGUGGUUCAUCCGCCGCAGUGAAACUGGCCUCCAGCCGACUGCCGUCUCCUAAAGCUUUGGUCGGCUCUCCGUCUCAGAUUCUGCAGAUCCCAAAACAACAGCAGACAGCGGCUCAGUCUGUGUCUCCUAAAGCCCUGCAGGCGUCACCCGUCUCCUCGUCCCAGCAGAACACAGGUGUGAAGAUCAUCACGCAGCAGAUGCAGCCCAGUAAGAUCUUACCCAAACCCUCCAGUUCAGCGCUCCCCAGCAGUAGCUCCGCCCCCAUCAUGGUCGUCAGCAGCAAUGGAGCCAUAAUGACCACCAAACUCAUUUCAAAUCCCACCGGGAGUCCUGCUACGUACACGCGGCCGUCUGUCAAUCCUGCGGUCGCUGCUCGUGUGGGCACUUCACCUGCUGGAGCCACUUACGUCAAAACCACCAGUGGCAGCAUUAUAACCGUCGUGCCCAAAUCUCUGGCCUCGCUGGGGGGCAAAAUUCUCACCACCAGUAUGGUGUCUGGAACCACAACAAAGAUCACCACUAUUCCCAUGACAUCCAAACCCAAUGUGAUCGUGGUGCAGAAGACCACCGGCAAAGGAACCACAAUACAGGGGCUUCCAGGAAAAAACGUGGUCACAACGCUGUUAAACGCAGGGGUAAGAUCACCUGAUCUACUGAAACGACCCAAAGUGAAUGUAUUUCUCAUCAAACUGUUUGUGUUUCAGGGAGAGAAAGGCCUGCAGACGGUGCCCGGGGGGAAGCCGGCCAUCAUCACAGCUUCUAGGCCCAUCACUAAAAUGAUUGUGACGCAGCCCAAGAGUCUCGGUGCAGGCGUUCAGCCCUCUACCACCACCAAAAUCAUCCCGACCAAGAUUGUGUACGGUCAGCAGGGAAAAACGCAGGUUCUGAUCAAACCCAAGCCCAUGGCCUUUCAGACGACGGUGGUGAGUGAACAGACCCGGCAGCUGGUGAGCGAGACGCUACAGCAGGUCUCUCGCUGCACAGAAUCCAGCGCUGUCACGGGUCACAUCCAGGAGGUGAUGACGAAAGACGAUUCGCCCGCGUAUACGGAGGGCAGCCUAGCGUCUGAAAUAACUCACGAGUCUCAGCCUGUAGUUCAUGUUAUCACCUCCAGAGGUCAGGAUUGGACAGAACAGGAAGUUGCAGUGGAAGCGAGUCCCACCAUCAUUUACCAGGAUGUGACAGGAGAGUCUCAGUCGGCUACGUCUACCAUCAAAGCCCUGCUGGAGCUUCAACAGACCAGUGUGAAGGAGAAAGGUGACACCAAACCACGUCAGCACACGAUUGACCUGAGUCAGAUGGCAGUGCCCAUCCCUGUCCCUCCCGACAGAAGGCCGUCCCCCGAACCGUCCGGUCAGAGCACAGCAGAGUCUGCACCCAUCACUGAAUACAUGGGUAAAGUGAGUAAAGCUCUGAUUGGUGGAGAUGUUCCUGGAUCCAGCAGCCAGACUAAAACAGCAGUCUGUUCAUCAUCAGCAGUGCUAUCGUCAUCUAAGAGCAACAACCCAGCGCCCACAUCUGCACGCGUCACACAGCAGGUGGAGGCGUCUGAUCCGCAGAGUAAAGAGUUAGAGGAGCAGAUCGUGGUGGAGGAGGGACAGUUAGAGGGCGACACUUUGGAUCCUCAGACGGGUCUGUUCUACCGCUCCGCUCAGACUGUGAGCCAGGCUCCUCCUCAACUACAACAGCACCGUACGGCUCCGCCCACCCUCGGCAAACCCGCCCCUAGUCCGUCUGACACACCCACAUCCUCUAAGAGGGUGGAGCCUGCCACUCCCAGACCGUCUGUGCAGCGACCCGCCCCUUCUGACUCUCUGACGCCCUCGGCUGGCUCUCAGCCGUCGGUGCAGCUCGUGUCCUCGAACCCUCCUCACACUCCACAGCUGCCCAGACUCCAGCAGGCGCCCACCUCACACAACCGGCCCAAAACGCACACGCAGCUGUCGCAGCCUCCGCCCCUGCAGGCGCAUCACCCUGUGGGCUCCAGCAAGACACCCGGCUGCAGUCAGGUGCCAAUCAUCACUCAAGGUGCCACCGUCACCAAGAUCACGUUUGGAGGUCAUCAGUGUGCGCCUGCGUCCAGCAGCGGUGAGGUGUCUGUUAAACUCAAGCCCGAGUCCAGCACCAGCGUAGGAGCGGUGGCUAAAAGCUCCGUCUCUGACAUUCUGAAGAUCUCCAUGAUGGAGGCCGAGAUCGAUCCGAGCGUCGAGCCCAUGGUGGUGGACUCGUCGAGUGACUGCGGCCCGCUGACCAAAGCCCCGCCCUCAUCAUCGCUCAUCAGCAGCUCCAAACCGACACACGGACCUUUUAGCCACAUCAAGAGCACAGACGUGGACAUCAUACAGGUCAUUCCUCAGUUCUCCAUCAUGCCUGACUCGAGUCAAUCUAACGUGGUGGUGGAGCCCAGCGGCUUUCUGGAGAUCACCGAUUACACCAGCCAGCGUCUGGACGAGGAUUCGGCCAUGGAACAGGAAGUGGACAGCAGUAAUGACGAGGGGGCGGCGGCCAGCCCACCGGAGGCAGGCACCGACCAAUCGCAGUCAAGCAUCUGACAGAGACAGAUUUUGAUAAGUGCUGGAGGACCUGACAGAGACAUCCAGGCCGGGAUUGAGAAGUGAAUCUUAUGUUGGGAUAUUUUGUAUUUUCAUGAGCGUAUAGAGAAACAUUCAGCGGUGAACGACCAGUGCUUUGUGUUUUACAGCCAGACAUGAGAAACGGAUUUUCAAAAGGUGGAUUUCUACUUCAUUAGCGGUUUGAUGUGGAUCUUACGGAGUAAACCAGAGAUCAGAUAGUUUUGGUGUAAAUAACAUGAUGAAAUACAUCUCUUCUGCUCGUCCAGUCUCAUUUGUGAUGUAACGUUUAGCAUUUUAACUGUAUAAACUUUACUACAAAACUC